AACCAAUGGAUCAUUUUAAAUGUUGGCGGUGUUAGACAUCAAGUGUUAGGACGGACUUUAGACCGACUACCACAGAGCCGGCUAGGCCGUUUAAGACAGUGCAGCAGUACCACAGAAAUACUUAAGAUUUGUGACGAAUAUUAUCCCGAGGUGAACGAGUUUUUCUUUGAUCGCCAUUCUGGAGCGUUUAGUGCUAUUCUAAAUUUUUACCGCACCGGCAGGCUCCAUCUAGGGGGCGAUAUGUGCGUUUUUUCGUUCAAAGAUGAUCUUGAUUACUGGGAAAUUGACGAGAACUACAUGGAGCCGUGUUGUCUGCAGAGAUACAACCAGAAUAAAGAAUCGCUUCUAGCAGACCUUAACGUUGAACGUGUUACUGAAGAAAAGGAAAGAUUUGGAGAUGGAAGAGUUUCCUUUUACAAGACAUUACUUUGGAACCUGAUGGAGAAACCAACGUCAUCUUUUGCUGCUAGAAUUUUUGCUGUGGUGUCCGUUCUCUUCAUCAUUUUAGCUACCAUUGUGCAAAUAGUAAACACCAUCCCCAAUGUGCAGACGAAAACAACCGAUGGACAUUUGGAAGAAAACUUUUAUUUAGUGGUGGUGGAAGAAGUCUGCAUUGCUUGGUUCACCCUCGAAUAUCUUCUCAGAUUUACAUCAUCACCACGUAAGUGGCUGUUCUUUAAGAGUCCGCUGAAUAUUAUCGAUUUGAUGGCUAUUUUGCCGUACUAUGUUUCCUUGAUUCUUAUUGGAUUAGACAAUGACGCGGCCCAGUUUGAAGACGUUCGACGAAUUGUUCAAGUUUUUCGCUUGAUGAGGAUCCUCAGAGUUCUUAAACUGGCUCGUCACUCUACGGGGUUACAAAGUUUUGGGUACACAAUGCAGCACAGUUAUAAAGAACUGGGGCUGUUGGUUUUGUUCAUUGCCAUUGCCGUUAUACUCUUCUCCAGCCUUGUGUAUUACGCAGAGAAGGAAGACCCUACAACAAAGUUCACUAGUAUCCCCAUGACAUUUUGGUGGGCGUGUAUCACUAUGACAACUGUCGGCUAUGGGGACAUGUAUCCCAUCACUCCACUUGGCAAACUGUUGGGUAGUAUUUGUUGUAUCUGUGGUGUAUUGGUUAUUGGACUGCCUGUUCCCAUAAUUGUAAACAACUUUGCUGAUUUCUAUACAAAUCAAGUCCGACGCCAGAAAGUUCUUGAAAGAAAGAAGUCUAUUAAAGAUGCCAAGGAUGCCGGUAAACUUCCCCCUCUACUUCCUUUACAAGAUGAUGAUCGGAAAAUUUCCUCGGGAGGCAUUUAA